AUGGAUAAGGCGACUCACGGGCGGAGAGAAGAUGCCACGGUCGAACCCAAAAGCGACCUGCGUGUUAAGUGUCAAUCCACCACCCCGCUGAUGCUCUUGCUGAUCAGCUCGACGAGCACUACUGAAGGAUGUCGCCUGGCGAGGAACCAGAGCCUGUGGUUUAUGGUGAUAUGGGUCGCCAAGGAAUCCGAGCCUAGCAUCGAAUCCGAGGAUCAAGAAGACUAUGGAGAACCCGAGACUUCUACGUAUACUAGUGAGUCUGAAGAUUCCGGGGGCUCGAACGACUUUCCACCGCCUCCGAGUGCUCGCAAGUAUGGCACUGCUGCUAAGAUUUCCAUGCAUAACACGUCUGCUAAAAGCAAAGAUACCCGACGUGCUCAUCCGACACAAGUCCAAAAGCGCUCGACUAAAGCCAAGACCACUGAAGGUACAUCGAGAUCAAGGAAAGGCUCGCAACAGGAACGUGUCACAGUAAGCGAUCAAGAUUCCGAAUCAGACGACGACGAAAGGAAGACUCCCAGCAUCGAAGAAGUCAAAGGCAUAAGCAAGGCGGCAAAGGUGCAGGUGACCAAGGACGCAUCCAAAUUGAAGAGUCAGCCUAUGGAGAAGCGGGCCGCGAAGAAAAACGUUGAAUCCCAAGGCAAGAAUCAUCAGAAUGGAUUGCCCAGCCAGGUGGUGAAGGAGAAGAAGCCGAAGACGACUAGGGUGGAAACCGCCAAAGAUGCACAAACAGACAGAAAGUGCAGAGAAGAGCGAGCUGCAGAAGCCAAUUUCGAAUCUAGUCAAACACACGCGGAGCGUCGAGGUCAAGCAAACGUUCUGUGGAAUAUAAUGCAGUAG